AUGCAACCAACAAAUACUUCUCGUAGCACUCAAAUCUUAGCCCAAAACAUUAAACUCAAUAAUGAGUUAAAACCUCAUAUUCCAGUUAAAGAAAUACUUGCUCAACGAUUUAAAAAUCAAAGAAUACAUGCUGUUUCUGUUGAUUUUGAUAACUCUAAAACAACUGUUCUCAAAGAUUCUACCUUUUAUGAUGGUUUUGUGGCUGCAAUCUUUCAUGCUUAUAAUAAUCAUCAACAUUUGCGCUUGAGUCCUGAUGAUGUUUGGCUUACAAUUGCUCAAGGUGUCAGUCGUCAUAUUAAUUACAAUGCCGAAAAAUUUCGUUCAAGAUUUGUUAGUCAUGAAGGAAAAAAAGAUAUUAUAGUACCGGGCGCAGAUAUUUUAUACGAAACUUCUCAUAAUACUCUUGAAGGUAAUUGGCCAGAAAUGUUAAAUAGAUUUGUAGCAAAAGUUGAUGAAUGCGUAGAAAAAAUCGACCUAGCGGAAUUAUUAGUAUGUGAUUUUUCAACUACAACGACAAAUUCCUUGACAGCAAGUCGAAUUGUAUUAUUGGAUACAGUUAAAGCUUACUUUAAGUAUAUUGCUAUGUUGGUGUGUGGAAUUCCAAAAGUUACUCUUGAAGGCACUCUCGAAGAUUGGAUAAAGAUUCAAGAGAAAGUUACACGGUUAAGAAAAUUAAAUUUAGAAUUAGAAUUUUGGCUGGAUCGUCUUGAUCCUGUGAUUCAGAAUUUAGUAGCCACCUACCGCGGUGAAAUUGACGAAGAUUUUUGGAGCAAGAUUAUGAAUGUAAAUGUAAGCUAUGGUUCAGGUGGUGAUUCACUUUCCACUGUUACAGGAUGGAUUUUAGGUUUCUUUCCAUAUAAUCGUGAAGGAACAGCUAUACGUAAAAAUGGUUUAGGAAUAGAUGAUUUUCCAUACGGCACUGUUGGGGUCCCUUUUGUUACUGAUUGUGGUCAUUCUUUAAAGUUUAUUUCUGGAUUUAUCGGCGUAAAUCAAGAAAUGUCUGAUAGUGAAGCAAUCGUUUCUCCCGUAAUUGGAUGGGCUAUAAUCGAUGAUGAUUCUAAUGACCCUAAUACUGAAGAAAAUUAUUGGGUCGCUCAUAAUGAAAGAAUAAAAGAUUUAAAAUAA